AUGUCGACCUCGUCUCACCACAGCCGCUCAUUGAGCAACAAUCGCUGGCGCGUCAGCAGCUUGGUGCAGGAAGAGCGCGCCAACCGCCGCAGCUCCUCCUACUCCCGCAAGCGCGUCGUCAGCUCGCAGGAUGCCUAUACCUAUGCCCUCCGCGUGGCCUUUCUCGCCUACCUGCUCCAGCCACGCGCCCGCCGCGUGCAGCACGUCCCGGCGCCCAAGCAGCUGCACCGCUCCUCGACCUCCGUCACCGACCUGGUCAAGGACUUCUCCCUGAUAAGGGACAGCAAGAGCACAAAGUUCCCCCAUGGCUUCAUGAAGGAGCUCGACAAGCGCCUGACCGGCGUGCUGGUCGGCAAGGAGAAGAUGCCCGAGUACAAUGAUCCGCUGGUCAAGUCCACCUUUGCCGGCUUCCUGAACGAGUUCAAAGACCCCAAGUUCAGGAAGACCAUGGAGGAGAACCGCCGGGUCGAGGACCUGUUGCUGAUCUUCUUCUCCAACGCCACCAAGAUCAUGCAGCGAGGCAAGGCUCCGGACGACGACAGCUGGCGGCUCAUGGUUGAUCGCCACGUUGCUUUGUUCAUUCGCCUUAUCAGCUCCACUCUCCGCAACCACGACUGGACCCGCGACAGGCCCGAGCUGCUGUCAAGGCUGACCACAAUGGAGAAGAAGCUUUUGAUGCACGACCAGGACCUGGCUGCUGCUUCACAACGCAAUGGCGGCUCAGGUGGCUCGACCGUCGAGGUCGAGGUACCUCGGAGCUACGAGGUCAAGGACAUGCCCUUGGUCUUGGUUGUGUCACGUAUAUUCAGUGUCCCAUACGACACGGUGCAGCAGGACAUCAAUGCAAGGAAAGACACCUGGACCGAGAAGGCUGCGUUGCAGGAUCUCAAGGCCUACCAAACUAACCUGAGCCUUAACACGAGGCAAACGCUGAGCCCCGACGACUUCGACACGGAAGAAGCGUAUGAGGCGUGGAAGAGGGGAGAGACCCAGGAUUUGUCCCAAAUGAUGUUGGCAAUCAUUCAAUCCAGCCCUGAGCUCGCAAAGAGCAGCGGUGGCGCACUGCCGCAGUUCAAGCCGGAUCGUUCAAGCAUCAUAGAUUCCGGCUAUUCAGAAAUGUCUAGGAAGAUGUCUGAAGCUUCGGAGACCGGUUCAUACGUCAUCGAUCAGCCGGUUGAUGUGGCUUCCUUGAACCUGAACGAUGUUCCAAGCCCUACUGAGGAUGGCAGCACCCCCUACACUUACAUUCCGUCGGAACCGAGAGCAUUCUACCGUGCCAUUGUCAAGCAAGCCCUCACAUAUGAUUUGCAAGAUGACGGCCUAGACCCUACGAGCCCGACUGGAGACACACAGGCCAUGAAGCUGCUGUCGAGAGACUCCGCAGAGCUGCUGAGUGAGAUUGGCCUGCGCUGGCGGGUACCUCAAUUCUCCCGACUCGUGCUAUUCUUGGAUGUAGUGAAGGAGAAGUACCAGCAAACAGAAAUUAGCCUGGAAACGCUGGAUGACGCAUUCACUUUCGUCAAGCAACCGCCGCUGGAGAACAAUAAGAAGGGCAACAGGUCAAGCAUCAUGAUGCUUCAGCAGACCACGAUGUUCGAUCACACCAAAUGGACCAUUCACGAUUGUAUGUUGAAGCAGCAGAUUCUGUCGGCAUUGCAUGAGGACCUCCUUCGUGAACUCUUCCAGCUCAUGCUGUUCUGCUACGACUCUAAGCCCCCGACUCUCGGCCCGGUGAUGUUUGUGCUCAACAAUCAUAUUUACGAAGAUCCCCUGUUCAACGGAACACCCGAGGAGCUGGACGAGUAUUCGGACAAGCUCAAAGAUGCGCUUGCAAAGCGGGCAGCCGAAGUGUACAGCGAGAUCUUGGCAAAGAACAUUCCCGACACCAAGGACGAGUGGGAGUUCUUCCAUGUUAUCGAGCUUGGAAAGGCAGUGAUCAAGCUGUGUGAGAAGAUCCAGAAGCGUUACCGCAAAAACCCGGAGAUUAUGGGUGUCAACCCUCUCAACGUUCUCGUUGCAGAAAUCCUACCUUCGUACGCCGCUGACGCUAGGGACUUGGUCGCCAAAAUCAUGGAGUUUUCCCAGCAGAAGGGCGAAGACGUCCCUAUCCCAGAUGGGUUCGAUCUGUACAAGGAGCUCGUUGAGAUCCGUCGCAUCCAUGCCGAUGCCUUGCCAGACCGGCCGUUUGCUUUCCACAUCGAAGAUCAGCUCCAAGACUUUGUGUGGCGUUGGAUUGACAUGACUAACCAGAAUCUCGUGGGAUGGGUUGAAAACGCUGUCAAGCAGGAUGACUUCCAAGUUCGCAUAGAUUUCCCAGACCAGAUCCCCACCGACGAUGAGCGCCAUAGUGUUUCGGUUGUCGACAUAUUCCGUUCUUUCAAUCAAUCCAUCGAACAGAUCGUGAAUCUGAACUGGGACGACGACCUCCAGUAUGCCAAGUUCAUGACCGCAACCUCGAAGGCGGUUGGCGGCGCUCUUUCCCGGUAUUGCGAAAUGCUUGAGACUAUGUUCAGCAAGGAGAUGGAACGCUUGACUCCUGAGCAAGAAGCGGCGGCGCGCCAGACUCGCCAGGAAAAAUGGCUGCAGAUGGCGAAGGAUACUUGGAACAACAAAGACAAGAUUGAGCCGUAUCAGUUCUUGCCAGAGUCCCUCGUGAAACUUAACAACAUCGAAUAUGCUACGCAACAACUCGACAAGCUCGAACGCGAAGUCAACGUUGACGCUUGCGCCGAGGUCAUUCAGAAACACACCCCACCCUCUAACCAGCGACAGAAGAUGACCAAGUACGUUUUCACCAUCAAGAUUAUCGAGGCGGAAGACAUCAAGGCCUGCGACAUGAACGGUCUCAGCGAUCCGUACGUUGUUCUGGGUGAUGAGUAUCAAAAGCGUCUGGCAAAGACCCGUGUGGUAUACGGCAGUCUUAACCCGCGCUGGGAGGAAACGGUUGAUAUCACGACAUCGGGACCUCUCAAUAUCAUUGCGACCAUCUGGGACUGGGAUACCUUAGGUGACCACGAUUGCGUGGGCAGGACCUCGCUCAAGCUUGACCCCUCUCACUUCCGUGAUUUCAUGCCGAGGGAGUAUUGGCUUGAUCUGGACACGCAGGGUCGUCUCCUGCUCAGAGUGAGUAUGGAAGGUGAGAAGGAUGACAUCCAAUUCUACUUUGGCAAGGCUUUCCGAACCCUGAAGAGGUCGGAGCGUGAUAUGACUCGCAAGAUUACGGACAAGCUCUCCUCGUACAUCCACUACUGUCUAUCGCGUCGUGCGUUGAAAGCACUCUUGAAUCGCGGUGUUACCGUCUCAGCGGUUGCUUCGUACUUCCGUGCAAGGCCCCCGUCUGUUCAGCAGGCUCCUUCGCAAGCAGAUGUCAUGAACGCGCUUCAGCCGCUUUUUGGCUACUUCAACGACAACUUUGCGCUCAUGAAGGAGACGCUCACAGACAGUGCCAUGGUCAUGGUCAUGUCCAGACUGUGGAAGGAGGUGCUAGCUGUUCUCGAGAGUCUUUUGGUGCCGCCUUUGAGCGACAAGCCUAGCCAGCAGAGGCCUCUCACGCAGCAGGAGUUGGACAUUGUCUUCAAGUGGUUGCAGCUUCUAUUUGACUUCUUCCAUGCGGUUGACGAAGACACCGGCGUUGCGUCGGGUGUUCCUCUUGAUAUCCUCAAGUCUCCCAAGUAUCACGACUUGCAGAACCUGAACUUCUUCUACUUCGAAUCGUCAGAGAACCUCAUCCGUACGUCCGAGGCAAUGGCUGCUGCAUCGCUGCAGAGGCAGCAGGAGAAGAACGCCCGUAACAACCGUCUCUCCUCACCGGCGUAUCUUGGUGGGCCUCCUGCUGGCCACAGCUUCGGUGGGGCCGCCGGCUUGGUCGGCACGCCCACCCGGAAGCACAAGACAGUGAUGCUGAGUCGCAAUUUGGGCACCAUGAAGCGAGCCAAGGAGGAGAAGCGGAAGGAAGCUCAAGCCGAGCCAAGCGACGACAUCAUCCUCAGGAUCCUUCGAAUGAGACCUGAGGCGGAGAGGUACCUGCGUGAUCGAUCCCGGCAGAAGGAAAGGCUGGCGGCAGCAGCGGCAGCCGAGAUGAUCGUCAAGCAGAGCUUGAUGGCGAGCAAUUCUAGGAGAUAA